CGGUUGUCUUUUCUAGUUUAACCAGCUCAGAUGUGACCGUUUAUAGCCUAGACUGCAUUGAGUUAAAGAUUAAGUUUAAACCGGACAGCAAGUAGGGGGAAAAAAAACAAUGGAGGCUCUGGGUAUAAAUAGCAAGCAGCCAAAAUGCUUAGUGUCUCCAUCCCAGAUUCUUUCUUCCAAAUCAAAUUAAAGGACAGCUGGUCUCUGGGUCUUCCCCUGCAGGGCGGCUGCUCUGUCCUCUCAUCCCUCCACAUUCUGCGCUUUACAGCCAGUCAGCUGCAAACGACCUCUGUGUUUUUGUCCCUUCUUCCAUCGACGGCAGCAGGAGAAACCAGCACCAUGUCUUUUCCAGAAGAACACGGAGGCCAUCAGGAGGAUGAUGAUGAGGAGCAGGGAGAGGGAGGAGAAAGGCCCAGAUACAAGCCAGUGGUGACGCAGCUCGCGGCGCCAAAAAUCCCUGAAGGAGAGAGGGUCGACUUUGACGACAUCCACAGGAAAAGGAUGGAGAAGGACCUCCUGGAGCUGCAGACCCUCAUCGAUGUUCACUUUGAGCAGAGGAAGAAGGAGGAAGAGGAGCUGAUUGGACUCAAAGACCGAAUUGAGAGAAGGAGAGCAGAGAGAGCCGAGCAGCAGCGCGUAAGGGCCGAAAAGGAGCGUGACAGGCAGACGCGGAUCGCAGAAGAGAGACAGAGGAAAGAGGACGAGGAGGCGAGGAAGAGGGCGGACGAUGAGGCCAAGAAGAAGAAGGUCCUGUCCAACAUGGGGGCUCAUUUUGGAGGUUUCCUGGCAAAGGAAGAGCAAAGAAGAGGCAAGAGACAAACGGCGAGGGAGAUCAAGAAAAAGACUCUGGCGGAGAGACGCAAGCCGCUGGGCAUUGAGAGCCUGAAGGAGGACGGCCUGAGGGAGAGAGCCAAGGAGAUGUGGGAGUGGAUCUACCAGCUGGAGUCCGAGAAGUUCGACCUGACUGACAAGAUGAAGAAGCAGAAAUAUGAGAUCAACGUCCUUCUGAACAGAAUCCAACACGCUCAGAAAUUCAAAAAGGUCCACGGGAAGGGGAAGGUCGGAGGGCGUUGGAAGUGAACCUUCGCACAGUCGCACAACGGAAACCAACCAGAAGAUUUCUUUUUUUCCCACCCCGCCCAGCUUGUAGCGCUGGGAAUUUUGAAUUUUGCUGUGGUUAACGCUAGAAGUGAGACGUGCUAGUUUCCUAGGUGCAGUUUGCUGUUAUAUAUCCAUUUAAAAUCUGCCAUUGCGCUUAAUAAAAGGCAUGCAUUCAUGAAAUAAGCAUUCUUGAACAGUGUUAUUUAUAGAAACUGAGUUUUCUGUUAAUGCUAAUUGACUUAAAUUAAAACAGCUGCCACUCACUGGCCAAUAAGUGUGGUUAUAAAGGUUUUAUCUGCAUAAAACAGGGUUGUCCAGGGUUUUUCCUGGGGGCCGUUUGUGGCCCUCGGCCUUAAUUCAAUAAGAGCAUACAUUUGUUUGCCAGUUCAGGGGGUU